AAUGAGAACUUGGGUGAAAAAUGAGCUUGAAUGUCAAUGCAAAGCAGAUCUAAAAAUAACGUUGAGGUUCUGCAUUAAAUCGGGGGUGACAGUGAAGCCUGAAUGACGGGACGCUGCUGGCCGCUGGAUGAGCGCAUCUGACAUCCCUAAAGGGACCCUGGAUGCUGCGAGACACAGACAGCAUCCGAGAGCAGAAACGCAAUGAAGUAGGUCAUUCACGCAUAGAUACGCACACAUGCAGCCCCUCCCCUCCAUCUCUCUCACACACACACACACACACACACACACACACCAGCUCCUCGUGCUCCAGCGGCUUCCUUCAGGAGCACACAAAGACAGCAGAACACACUCAGCCGGACGGAUGGCAGAAACAGACUGUGCUUUUUCCACAUGAGUGCAGGAUGUAGAGCGUUUCCUUUAACAGAGCUGGAGUGCUGAGGAAACUCAUUUUUUGGUGAUAGAACAUCAUGGUUUUUUGGAUGAAUUUCUAGCCGGGUUGAGAUCAGGACGCGGUGUUUGGAUGCAGGAACAUGAGGGAGAGAGACAGCAGGGCAUGGGCAGUACCCAGGUGGGGGUUCUCCCAGCGGGACGGGGCAGCGGGACGGGCGGCGCUCCGGUCGAGGACAUGCAGGCGCUGUCAAUCACGUCUCUCUCCGCCUCGGAGCUGGAACAGCAGUAUGAGCUGAUCGCUCCUUUAGGGAAGGGCACCUACGGCAAAGUCGACCUGGUGGUGCAUCGGACACAGGGUACUAAGCUGGCUCUGAAGUAUGUGAGUAAGAACAAGACAAAGUUGCGCAGUUUUCUGCGUGAGUACAGCCUGACGGCAGCGCUGGGCUGCAGCCCGUUUAUCAUCAAAGUUCUGAACGUGCUGUUUGAGACGGAGGACAGCUAUGUGUUCGGACAGGAGUACGCGCCUGCGGGAGAUCUGUUCGACAUCAUCCCACCUCAGGCCGGUUUGCCGGAGGAGAUGGUCAAGCGCUGCGUUCAGCAGCUGGGUCUGGCUCUGGACUUCAUGCACAGCAAGAGUCUUGUCCAUCGGGACGUGAAGCCAGAAAACGUUCUGCUCUUCGACCGCGAGUGUCGACGUGUGAAAUUGGCAGAUUUAGGAAUGACACGGCGGGCAGGCAGCCGGAUCAAGCGGAUCAGCGGCACCAUCCCAUACACCGCCGCCGAGGUGUGCCAGGCCUCGGUAUCGGAGGGAAUCGUCGUGGUGACGACCCAGGACGUGUGGGCAUUCGGAGUUCUGCUGUUCUGCAUGCUGACGGGAAACUUUCCGUGGGAAGCGGCGUUGCCUAGCGACGCAUUCUUUUCGGAAUUUCAGCGAUGGCAGCGGGGGGCGUUUCCUCCCGGCGUUGUUCCCUCCCAAUGGCGGCGGUUUUCGGACGAUGCGUUGCGCAUGUUCGGUCGGCUGUUGGCGCUGGAGCCGGAGCGGCGCUGUGGGGUUAAAGAGGUGUUCUACUUCCUCAAAUACGACCUGCUGAAUCAUCACCGUCGCAGAGCUUCCUGUAGGGUGCCUAGGGGUGGUUCAGCACGAUGCUCCGCCCACAGGCACGCAGAGCCCUCUCCGCCUUCAGGCACUUCCUGUCUACGCCCCACCCCCCUCAAACGUAGCAUCCUGUCCGAACCGCAUUCUUCUAGGGAGGAGUCCUCCAAAAGCCCGUCGCCCAAUCGUCAAGACAAGAGCAAAGUGAUGAUGACCACUCCUAUUGAGAUUUGCGUAUGAAGUCAAAACUGGAUACAGCCGCAAAAAGGUAGCAAUAUUACUUCAGAAUUACUAUUGGGAAAAUGUUUGCACAGGAACGACAACAUAUUUCGUGAUGGAAGUUCAUAGAACGGCCACGAAUGUAGCAAUAGCAAACUAUUACAUGGUAACUUUGAAACCUCGCUAAUUUAAACUAAAAGACGUAGCUUUGGUAGGUCACUUUAGCACUGGAAAUGAAUCAGUUUCACUAGGAAACUGUGGUGAAUUCAUUAAAACUGCUUUCGUUUUAAAGGAAUAGUUCACUCCAAAAAGAAAUGGAAAUUCCGUCAUCAUUUACCUCAUGUCGAUCCAAACCCAUAUGAUUUUCUUCUUACUCGAAACAUGGAAGAAAUACUGCAUGAUGCUCCAUGAUGGAUCCUGAAAUGACAUAAGAGUACCAUAUUCUGAGUCCUCUAAAGCCAUAUGAUAGAUUUAUGUGAGGAAAAGUCCAAAAUCUAAGUCAUUAUUGACCAAAAAGUGUACAAAUUGUACCUGUAGGAGUACAGCAGCUGGGUCAGUACCCUUAAAGGGACACAUUUGUACAUUGUUUACCCCUAAAAGGUGCAUAUUAGUACCACAGAGUAGUAUAUACUGUACUGAUAUGAACCUUUUAUGGGUAAAUUAGGUAAAUUAACACCCCAAAGGUAAAAUUGUUGCACUUUUUUUCUGAAAGUUGAAGAUGCAUUGCGUCUGGUCAUUGACCAUUCAGUUCUAAUGUAUCUCAAUGUGUUGUAUUUGAAUUGAAUGACCUUUGAGAGAUACUGCAUGAGGGAAACAUUUUCAACCCAGUUUUUGGUCUGUUCCUCACUCAAAGCUGAUCAUCAUG